AAUGUGACGGCGUCACUGACGACAUCAGCAGGCGACAGCAAUGUUUGCGCAGUUUGUUUUGGUGAAGAAAUGUAAAUUAAAUGCUGUUGAAUCGGUUUUCCCCCCUCAGACUGGUUUGGGAGAUAAAGUGGAUUAGAAUUCGGAUUAGCUUUCCAUCGCCCCAGCUCACGUCCGUGUUGUUUGUGUCCUAGCUAAUAUUAGCUGUUUAAUUUGGGCCGUUUGUUUGCUUGUUUGUUAAUGGAAGUUUGUGGAGGUGCGCUGAUGAGCGGCAGCAGCGUUCCGGCUUUUCUCACCAAACUCUGGACCCUAGUGGAAGAUCCUGAGACGGAUUCUUUGAUCUGCUGGAGUCCGGUUCGUUUUUUCCAGCUAGCAUGCUAACUGCAAACACGUAACAUGCUGAAAGGAAUGGAGCCAGCUUCCAUGUGUUCGAUCAAGGUCGCUUCUCCAAAGAAGUUUUACCAAAAUACUUCAAGCACAACAACAUGGCAAGCUUCAUCCGCCAGCUCAACAUGUACGGGUUCCGUAAGGUGGUGCACAUCGAACAAGGUGGGCUGCUGAAACCAGAACAAGAUGACACAGAGUUCCAGCAUCCGUUUUUCAUCAGAGGGCAAGAACACCUGCUGGAGAUAAUCAAGCGCAAAGUUACCAAUGUGGCAUCUGCGCGUCAAGAGGAAAUGAAGCUUUCCUCAGAAGAAGUGAACAAGAUGCUGAGUGAUGUCCAGCUGAUGAAAGGAAAACAGGAAACCAUCGACUCCAGGAUCGUAGCCUUGAAACAUGAGAAUGAAGCUCUGUGGAGGGAGGUGGCCAUCCUGAGACAGAAGCACUCCCAGCAACAGAAAGUCGUCAACAAGCUCAUCGAGUUCUUGGUGUCGCUUGUCCAGUCCAAUAGAAUUAUGGGAACGAAGAGGAAGCUUCCUCUGAUGCUGGGUGACACAAGCUCCACCCAUUCCUUGCCAAAGUACAGUCGUUCCUUUUCCUUGGAGGCCCUGCAGGCAGCCACAGCGCUCUCUACUGCGACCAAUUUGUUACCUGCUUCAGACUCACCUGUCUCAUCUGGACCAAUCAUCUCUGACGUCACAGAUGUGGUCAGUCCUGCAGUUGAGGAUGUGGACAGUGAUUGGACUGAUGCAGGAGUUGCUGAAUCAAUCAGUCUGAAGUCAGAGCCAUCCAGUCCCGAGGUGGAAGUGUGUCCUGUCUUGGAGGGUGGACUGACAGCUGUAGACACGCCCCUCUCUCCCACCACCUUCAUCAACUCAAUACUGCAGGAACAUGAAGAAGCUCCCAAUCAGAACGUCUCUGCAUCGGCCACACCUGUUGCUUUGACAUGUCCCACCUUCACUGGGCCACACCUACCAAUUUCAACCAGCCAGUCAACUGUUUCCGUUACCAGCCCAAACCCUGCUAUCAGCUCUGCUAAAUGUCAGACUGUAGCCUGUAUCGACAGGUCAGAGUUGCUAGAUCACGUGGACAGCAUUGAUAACAUUCUGGAGAAUCUACAGAGCGUUUUGAACACACAGACCUUCACAUUUGACGCCUCUCCCCUCAUGGAGUUUUUUAGUUCCUCGGGUGCCAGUGGGGACUUGGACUUGGACAGUCUGGACAUUUUGCUGUCUGACAGCGCUCCCAAUGGAAGUGACAAGUCUGCUGACACAGGGAAGCAGCUGGUGCAGUAUACACCCACGCCCCUGAUGAUGCCUGAACCAGUCACCUCAGAGGAGGAUGGGGUUGACCUGCCCUCCCUGUUGGAGCUGGAGGCGGAACCUUUUUCCAGCACUACGGAGGACCUGCCCACUGACCCGCUGACCCCAGGCGACCUCAAACCCCAGAACCAAUUGCAGAGCAAUCACUGACCUAGCAGCUUACCCAUACGCUGUCGGUCAUGUUAAAUCCCGCAGACAUUAGCUGUUAUGAUGGAAACAUUAAAAUUCCUUUAGGUUCGGGCUGAUGGGGCGGAGGU